CUCUUCCCCUAGCUAAUUGAGAUCCAAAUUAAUGGCCGGAAAACAAACCGUCCAAACUUCUUCCCUGUUCUUCUUAUGGCUCACCACCCUCUCAGUUGUCUCCAAAAAUUUCUACUUUACACCUUGCCUAGCUAACUUAGACAUGAACUCCAUCGAGUGGACAGAGGAGAGAGAAGAUGAUGAGGCUAACGAGAUCCAGAGCCAACAUACUAUGUCAAGAGACUGUGACUUGUCUGCCGGAAAGUGGGUGUUCGAUGCAUCAUACCCUCUCUACAACCCGGAUUGCCCUUACAUUAUUAACCAAGUAAGCUGCCAGAGGAACGGGAGGCCGGACUUGGACUAUGAGAAGUGGAGGUGGCAGCCACAACAAUGCUCGAUUCCAAGGUUCAACGCCUUGGACUUUCUUGGGAGAAUAAGAAAGAAGAGAGUCAUGCUGGUAGGAGAUUCUAUAAUGAGGAGCCAAUGGGAGUCUCUUGUUUGCAUGGUGGAAGCAGUGAUUCCUAACGAGAGGAAGCUGGUCUCUUCUUAUGGUCCGACCAUUGCUUUCCAUGCCGUGGACUUUCAAGCCUCGAUCGAGUUCUCAUGGGCUCCUCUCCUGGUCGAAUUAAGGGAAGAAGCGUAUCACAAAAAGGUUCUCUACUUGGACUCGAUUGAAGAGAACGCGAAGUACUGGCGAGGAGUUGACGUCCUCGUGUUUGAUUCUGCCCAUUGGUGGACUCACUCUGGCAAAUGGAGCUCGUGGGAUUACUACAAGGAGGGGGACAGGCUUUUUACUGGUUUGAACCCAAUGGUUGCUUAUGAGAAGGGACUCACAACAUGGGCUAAGUGGGUGGACUUGAACUUAGAUCCUCGUCGAACCCGAGUCAUCUUUCGGAGUGUCUCACCUCAGCAUAGCAGGGACAAUGGAUGGCAAUGUUACAGACAGAGGGAGCCUCGGGUCUUCUUGGGCCACAGACCGCGUGUUCCCUGGCAGUUGGUUGUGCUACGUGAGGCACUGAAGAAGACGAGUUUUCCAGUAUACCUUCUAGAUGUGACAAGCAUGUCAGCUCUUCGAAGGGAUGGGCACCCGUCAAUCUAUGGAAGAGCUGCUGAUGCACAGGGGAGGCAGGAAGCAGCAGGCCGGACCUCAGAUUGCAGCCACUGGUGCUUGCCUGGGGUGCCUGAUGCAUGGAAUGAGAUGCUCUAUGCUCUUCUCUAGAUCUUAGAAGAGACCAUGUAAUUUAUUUUGGAGCAACUGUAGAAUAAUGCCGCCAGCUGUAUGUUGGUAAUUAGUCUUUAAGGUGAUGCUAUGUUAAAGUGUUCUGCAAUUCUCUGCCGGGUUACUUGACUAAUGAUCAAGGUUAAUUAUGAUGUAACUUAGCUUGUGCUUCUCUGUGUUUCUCCUAAAAUAAGAGAUCAAGUUGUUAA